CGGCUGCGGGGAGCGCGGAGCGCCAGAUCCCGCACCCCGAGGUCUAUGGGGGCGCCCCUCCGCGCCGCCCGGCCGGCCCCACGCCGCGCCCGGAGCCCGCUCCGCCACCAGGAGACGCGGGGGUCGAGCCCCGCAGGCCGCUGCGAGCCCACCUGAGCCGGUCCCCCGCGGCGAUGGAGACCCACUAUCCCGGGAGCGUACCCAAAGGCGGCGCCGGAGGCAGCGUCCCGUGGGAUUUUCUGCCCGGAUUGGGGGGCAAGACCCCGCCGGGAGCCUGCCUGCAGGCGCAGCGCAAGGAGAAGUCGCGCAACGCGGCCCGCUCGCGGCGCGGGAAGGAGAACCUGGAAUUCUUCGAGCUGGCCAAGCUGCUCCCGCUGCCCGGAGCCAUUUCCAGCCAGCUGGACAAGGCGUCCAUCGUGCGCCUUAGCGUCACCUACCUCCGCCUGCGUCGCUUCGCCGCGCUCGGGUCCCCUCCCUGGGGGCUGCGGGCCGCGGGGCCUCCGGCCGGGCUCGCCCCAGGCCGCCGCGGUCCCCUGGCGCUGGUCUCAGAAAUCUUCGAGCAUCACCUGGGCGGCCACAUCCUGCAGUCCCUGGAUGGCUUCGUGUUCGCCCUGAGCCAGGAUGGGAAGUUCCUUUACAUCUCAGAGACCGUCUCCAUCUACCUGGGACUCUCGCAGGUGGAGCUGACGGGCAGCAGCGUCUUCGAUUACAUCCACCCCGGGGACCACUCGGAGGUGCUGGAGCAACUGGGGCUGCGGGGGGCGACCCCGGGGCCCCCCACUCCGCCCUCCGUCCCGUCGUCUUCCUCCUCCUCCAACUCUUCCUCCUCGCUGGCGGACACCCUUGAGAUAGAGUCCAGCCCGGCAGAGGCACCCCGCUGCGCUCAGGCUCAGGAGCGCUCCUUCUUCGUCCGCAUGAAGUCCACGCUCACCAAGAGAGGGCUGCACCUCAAGGCUUCGGGGUACAAGGUCAUCCAUGUGACUGGCCGCCUCCGGGCACGAGCGCUGGGCCUGGUGGCCCUGGGUCACGCGCUGCCACCAGCACCGCUGGCUGAGCUGCCUCUGCACGGCCACACGGUCGUCUUCCGCCUCAGCCUGGGGCUCACCAUCCUUGCCUGUGAGAGCAGGAUCAGCGACCACAUGGAUCUGGGGCCCUCUGAGCUCGUGGGGCGCAGCUGUUACCAGUUUGUUCAUGGGCAGGACGCAGCCAGGAUCCGGCAGAGCCACCUGGACCUGCUGGACAAGGGCCAGGUGACCACCGGCUACUACCGCUGGCUACAGCGCUCGGGCGGCUUCGUGUGGCUGCAGUCCGUGGCCACCGUGGCCGUGAGCGGGAAGAGCCCGGGGGAACGCCAUGUGCUGUGGGUCAGUCAUGUGCUCAGCCAACCUGAGGAUGGCCAGACGCCCUUGGACGCCUUCCAGCUGCCAGCCAGCGUGGCCCAUGAGGAUGUGUCCAGCCCAGAGCCAGAGACCCCAGAGCCUCCCGUGGGAGGGAAGCCGGCAGCCCCCCAGGAGGAGGACCAGAGUCCCCAGCCCCGGGGCAAACGCAUCAAAGCAGAGCCCAGCCCGGGGGACCCACCAGGCCCGGACGACAGCAGCGAGGAGGAUCUUCCAGGUGCCCCAACCCUGCUGCGGCCCGAGUCCACGUCGGUCAUCCGGGCCCUGAAGCAGGACCUGGUGCAGCCGUGGGGGCUGGCACCUCCCGGGGCGCCCCCGCCGCCCCUGCUCCACGCCGGCUUCCUGGCCCCGGUGGUGCGCGGCCUGUGCACGCCGGGCGCCAUCCGCUACGGCCCCACCGAGCUGGGGCUCAUGUACCCCCACCUGCAGCGACCGGGCCCGGGCCUCCCCGAGGCCUUCUACCCGGCCCUGGCCCUGCCCUACGCCGGGCCGCCAGGCACCAGGGCACCGCGCAAGGGGGACUGAGGACUCGGGGGGCCUGAUGUGAGAAUUAAACCUGUCCGGUCUGGGG